AUGGUGCGAGGCACCAUUUCCUAUCUCGAAUCCCAGGGGCUGCCGGUGAACAAGUCUGCCAUCUUCCGCCACUUUGACUUGUCCCGAUCCCAGGGCUAUGCGGCCCUCCAUGCGUCACCAACGCCCAAGAGCGACGACCCGGAAUGGGGAGAGACGCGAGGGCGGCCCAGCAAGAUUGCCGACUCGGACCUGCAAAAGAUGGAGCAGAUCCUGUGGGAUGAAAAGUAUGAGGAUGUGAGCCUCAACUGGAGCGGCCUAGCUAAAGAGGCUGGUUUGGAGAUGAAUUGCAACCGGCGGACGCUGCACCGAGCCAUGGGGACGCUGGGCUAUCGCCGGUGUCUUGUCUGUGGGCGGAUUCACACGCACAAGCGGCAUCGGGAGAAGCGUUGUGACUUUGCGAGAAAGGCCCUGCGGACGUAUCCUGUUAAAGAGGACUGGCGCCGCGUCCGGUUCAGCGGAGAGCUGCACUUUGGCUUUGGGCUCGACGGGAGGGUGCGCCUUGCCCCUCGAAGCGGCGAGAAGCUGUGCAGCGGGUGCGAGCAGGAGCCGGGCAACGUGUGGCCCCGGGACGUCAGGCGCUUGCACGCGUGGGCGGCGGUGGGCUACGGCUUCAAGAGCGAGCUGGUGUUUUACGACUCGUCCACCAGCCCCAAGGGAAACGGCGCCAUGUCCAUGGCCGACUACUGCGAUAAAGUGCUCGACAAGGUGGUCAAGCCGUGGCUCACUGCUUCGGGGCCCAAUUCGUUUGUGCUGGAGGAGGAUGCAGAUGUGUUUGCCCACGGGAGCGCGAGCAAGAUCAACCUCGCCCAGCAGUGGAAGGACACGCACGGGCUGCGGUGCACGUUUAGUUGUGGCGAGAGCCCCGAUCUGAGUCCGCUGGAUUCUUUGUGGCCGCCGAACAAGCAGUGGACGUCGGAGCUGCUGAAGGACUGGGAGGACGAGACGUUGAAGCAGGCGGCGAGGGAGGCGUGGGCGGGGUUGGGUCAGGAGAGGGUGAAUAUGUGGGUGGAUGCGAUGCCGCAGAGAUUGCAGAUGGUGGUGGAACUGGAUGGCCGGAUGGUGUCCUGGUGA